AUGUGCGCGUGCGCGCACACACACACACACGCGUGCGCGCGCACACAUACACGCGCGUGCGCGCACACACACAUUCUGUUCAAAUCUAUCUAUCUAUUUCACUCUGUUCAUAUCUAUCUAUCUAUCUAUCUAUCUCAUUCUGCUCAUAUCUAUAUAUCUAUCUAUCUUUCUAUCUAUCUAUCUAUCUCAUUCUGCUCAUCAUCUAUCUAUCCAUCUAUCUAUCUCAGUCUGUUCAUAUCUAUCCAUUCAUCUAUAUAUCCAUCUAUCUAUCUCAGUCUGUUCAUAUCUAUCUAUCUAUCUAUCUAUCUAUCUAUCUAUCUAUCACAUUCUGCUCAUAUUCAUUCAUCUAUCUAUCUAUCAUCUAUCUAUCUCAUUCUGUCAUUCAUCUAUCUAUCUAUCUAUCUAUCUAUCUAUCUCAUUCUGCUCAUAUCUAUCUAUCUAUCUAUCUAUCUAUCUAUCUAUCUCAGUCUGUUCAUAUCUAUCAUCUAUCUAUAUAUCCAUCUAUCUAUCUCAGUCUGUUCAUAUUCAUUCUAUCAUCUAUCUAUCUAUUCAUCUAUUCAUCUAUCUAUCACAUUCUGCUACAUAUCUAUCUAUUCAUCUAUCUAUCUAUCUAUCUCAUUCUGCUCACAUCUAUCUAUCUAUAUCUAUCUAUAUCUAUCUAUCUCAGUCUGUUCAUAUCUAUCUAUCUAUCUAUCUAUAUAUCCAUCUAUCUAUCUCAGUCUGUUUCUAUCUAUCUAUCUAUCUAUCUAUCUAUCUAUCUAUCUAUCACAUUCUGAUCAUAUCUAUCUAUCUAUCUAUCUAUCUAUCUAUCUAUCUAUCUAUCUAUCUAUCACAUUCAGACGUCCUGUGUCCGAUGAUAAACCACAUCCGGCAGCAAGACCUCUGAUCGUCUGA